GUUUCACUCCAAAUAGAUCCGAUUAUCAUUUACUCCUAAUCGCAGAGCCGUUGUGCCGCUCCCAGUGCCCACUCCACCGCACACUGGCUCAACGAAUAUCAAGCAUACGCAGUGUAUGACGGUAAGCGGACAAACUGUCACAAAACUGCAUUCAAAUGCGACCCAAGCACACGGUGCGCAUGCCAGGGAAAUUUUAACAGGAGGGAAAUUCUUGUGCCGCAGCAGUCCUAACAGUAGUCGUAGCAGAAGCCAGAAACCAGAGGCCAGAAGCCACAGCGGCACAGAAUCGUCGAACAGGAAUAGCAGCCACAGUCGCAGCAUCAUAAGCAGCACCACCAGCAUCAGCAUCAACAUCCUUGGCAGGACGAAAGUCCAAACAGUAUGAAACAGGACUCAGCGCUGACGGCACGCGUUUCGCUUUGAGAGAGCAAAACCCAAAAGCUAGCAGCCAAAACAGCACAAAAAACGCGGAAAAGUCGCCAGCGAAGACGUCGUCGUUGUCGUUGUCGUCGUCGAAGUCUCGUUUUUUUUUUUUUUUGUUAAACCGCCUUCACACGUCUCGCUGUGUCCCUGUCUGACUCUGUCUGUGUGUGAGUGCAUGAGUGUAUGUGUGCAUGUUGCGUCUGUGCCUUUCUGCCUGUGUCGGUGUGUUGGAGUCGUUCAUGUGACUGCCUCAGCUGGCUGCGUAGGUUUUUUUAAACUAAAUGAAAAUUGAAAACUAAACAAGUUUGAGCCACGGGAGAACAGCGUUGGCCACAAAGCCAAAACAAGGAAACCGAUUCGAGCGCCGUAUCCGUAUCCGUGUCCGUGUGAGAGCCACGUGCGUGUACGCGUGCGUGUGGGUGCGUGCGUGAGUGUAUGUGCGUUGGUGUGGGUGCACGCCACCAGCCGCAACGAAAAAAAGGAGGCGAAACAUUUUUUUGUGCCAAGUUCGCUCUCUCAUUCUCUCUUCCCAAAUUUUCCCCAAAGAGUCGUGAUGGAGGAGAAGGCAGAGGAAUGAAACAAUGUGAAGUGGAGGGACAACGAGGAACAGGAGCAAAACUGCGCAAAGGGGAAAAGGCGAACCGAAGCAGAGGCCACCAAAAAGCACAUUUAAAGAAUUUUAAUCGAAAACUGCCAAGAAAUAAAUAUAUUUACAAGCAUAUAUACUAUACAUACAACAUAAACAAAUAGUAUAUAUAUACAAUAUAUAGAGAACUGUUAUAUAUGUAUACUGAAAACUCAAAGGGAGUCGCCACAAGAAACACGAGGAAACGAGGCACUGCAAUGAUUCCGAAAUAAUAAUAUAUUUGUAAAAUAAACGCUGCCAGAAAAACAACCGAAAACUACCCUAACAACAACAAAAAAAAAAAAACAGCAACUGAAAUGCAUGUAACGCACAACAACAAACCAACAACCAAACUCUACAACAAUUACAACAAAAGAAAAGUGGAAUUUUCCCUCAACUGUUGCGCCUGCGCCUUAAAAUCGCCUUAGAAAAAAGCGCCUUAAAAAGCACUCGCUCUCAAUCGUCAUCGAACAGCCCAUACGAAAUACAUACCAAUAACAGCCCCUAGGAAGCGGAAGCACUACCAGAGACGAGAUACCAGAAACCGGACACCAGGCACCAGGCACCACCACAAUCACCUUCUUCAACCACCAGCAGCAAAAGCCAAAAAAGCGUGCAGAGGGAAAUGAGAUGAAGUGGUUUCAAGUGACCAUAGAUAUGAUUCUUGUGCUUUCAUUUAUAUCAAGCAGCACAGCGAAUCCGGAUGCCAAAAGAUUGUACGACGAUUUGCUGAGCAAUUACAACAAACUUGUCCGGCCGGUGGUAAAUGUUACGGACGCUCUCACCGUUCGCAUCAAGCUGAAGCUGUCGCAACUGAUUGAUGUCAAUCUAAAGAACCAAAUCAUGACCACCAAUCUGUGGGUGGAGCAGUCCUGGUACGAUUACAAACUAAAAUGGGAGCCAAAGGAGUACGGCGGCGUCGAAAUGCUCCACGUUCCCUCCGAUCACAUCUGGCGUCCGGACAUCGUGCUCUACAACAACGCCGACGGCAAUUUCGAGGUGACGCUGGCCACCAAAGCCACUCUGAACUACACGGGACGUGUGGAGUGGCGUCCGCCAGCCAUUUACAAGAGCUCCUGCGAGAUUGAUGUCGAGUACUUUCCGUUCGAUGAGCAAACCUGCGUCAUGAAGUUCGGCAGUUGGACCUACGACGGUUUUCAGGUGGAUCUGCGUCACAUCGAUGAACUGAAUGGCACCAAUGUUGUUGAAGUGGGCGUGGAUCUAUCCGAAUUCUAUACAUCCGUCGAGUGGGAUAUACUUGAAGUUCCUGCAGUGCGCAAUGAGAAGUUCUAUACGUGCUGCGAUGAGCCAUAUCUGGACAUCACAUUUAACAUCACGAUGCGCAGGAAGACGCUUUUCUACACGGUCAACCUGAUCAUCCCCUGCAUGGGCAUCAGCUUUCUAACCAUAUUGGUGUUCUAUCUGCCGUCGGACAGUGGCGAGAAGGUCUCAUUAAGCAUAUCCAUUCUGCUGUCGCUCACCGUGUUCUUCCUGCUGCUGGCGGAAAUCAUUCCGCCCACAUCGCUGGUGGUGCCGCUGCUGGGAAAGUUUGUGCUCUUCACCAUGAUACUGGAUACGUUCAGCAUCUGUGUGACAGUCCUGGUUCUGAACAUCCACUUUCGGUCGCCCCAGACCCACACAAUGGCCCCUUGGGUGAGGACGGUGUUCAUCAAUCAGCUGCCGCGAUUCCUGGUCAUGCGGCGGCCCCUAUAUCCGAUCAGUGAAAUGAUCAAAUCCUCGCGCCGUCUAAUGGUGCGCACCUGUAAUGGACUCGAACUGAGGGAUCAAAUACCACCGUUGCCACCGCCCGUGGCGUUGUCGCGCAUGCACCACAGCCCCAAGACGACGUCUCGCAGCACCUCGCCACACCUGCAACACAGAGUACAAACACUUAAUCUGAUGGACGAGUGUGGCAUGGGAAUGGGAAUGGGUGGUGGUGGUGGUGGUGGGGCGUCCACUAUAACCGGCCACCUUAGCUCCCUGUAUCCGCCGACCAUCUCGACGGUGAAUCAGCAAACCUCGACCACAUCCUCGCUGAUCGAUGCCCAAUACCACAAUCAGUACCAGCAGACCGGGGGCUCGCUGCUGGACCACCCGCUGACGCCAACGAAGUUCCGCCAGAUGACCUCCACCUCCAGCCAGACGGGUCAGAACGGCCAGAACGGAAACGGGCAACACCAUCACUAUGGGGCCGGCGGGGGGAAGUCGUCCUCCACCUCGACGCUGACCCACCAGCAGGCCAGCGGCCAUCACUUGUACCGCCAGCAGUCGAGCUGUUCGGCAAACUUCUCGCCGCUGCCGCAGCAUGCCCAUCAGGCCCAUGCCUCGACCACCACCAGCGACCUGUGCAUGGGCAUGGGCAUGGGCAUGGGGAUGGGCAUGGGGAUGGGUCUGGGUCUGGGGGGCAAUGGGAACCCCAAUGUGAUAAAGUCUACGACGACAGUUAACUCGGUGGCCACGGCCUCCACGCUGGCCGAUUCCUGUUGCAGCGGCAUCCAGAUACACCAGGGCAUGGGCGCCGGUGCCGCCUGCCAAUCCUCGGAGCUGCUCCAGCACCAUCGACCCACCACAUCAGCAGCAGCAGCGGCGGCGGCGGCUGCAGCUGCGGCAGCUGCUGGAGGAGGACCAAGUACCUCGGCAGCGGCGGCAGCAGCCUCGGCUGGUACGCCACCGCCACCGCCACCACCGCCGCCGGCGGCGGCCUGUGAUAUACUGCCCGCCUGCCAGCGAGAGGGAGGCCCUCACUGCUGUUCGGGGCGCGGAAACGUCCGGCAACGCUGGCACACCUGCCCGGAGCUGCACAAGGCCAUGGACGGGGUCAACUACAUCGCGGAUCAGACGCGCAAGGAGGAGGAGAGCACAAGGGUGAAGGAGGACUGGAAGUACGUGGCCAUGGUGCUGGAUCGUCUGUUCCUCUGGAUAUUCACAAUAGCCGUAGUCGUCGGCACCGCCGGCAUCAUCCUACAGGCACCGACGCUCUACGACACCCGCGUGCCCAUCGACAUCAAGCUCUCAGAGAUCGCCUCGACGACGGCCAAGCCGAAUGUGGCGCGGCCUAUCUUGUAAGGUGCCCCCCCCAAUCACUCCUCCCCCAAGACCCGAUCGUGGUAUCGAUGGAUAUCGAGAUCGGUAGGCGUUAACCAUUACCAUAUAACAUAUAUGUACACACACACAGUCUGAAAAAGCCAGCAGAAAAAACCAUAACAAAAGGAUGGUGAAUGGAAUUCGCAUUUGUUUUUUCUUUAACAACAAAAACAAUAGCAAUCGCAACAACAACAACAAAAAUUGUUUAAGAAAAAUCCAAAAAAAUAAGAGAAUCGAAGUAACUAUAACUAUAAAAACAAAAACAAAAACAAAAGGUAAUGUGAAACAAACAUUGUAUUUGUUAUAUACUGAAAAAAAGGUAUAACUAACUAAAAUUAAUAUGUACACUAAAAAUGCAAGCAAAGAGGUUUUUUUUAGUCAAAAAACGUACAACAAACACACAAAUUUAUCUGAAAUGAAGCCGCAGAAUAUGAUCGAUUCAGUAGAUAAUUGAAAAACAAUUUUUGAAGAUAAUUUAGUGGAAAGCGGUAAAACUUAGACAAAUUAUAAAUUAGACUAGCCAGACAUCGACAGACAGAGAAUGCAACAACAACAACAACAAAUAAUAAUAAUUGAUAAGCAAACUAAAAACAAAGAUGGCGGAAAGGAAAACGGAAACGGAAGUAUGAGAAAACAACAUUAGUUAGCUAAGACGAUAGGAAAGCACAGCAGGAAUGGAAAAGAAACAAAAACAAAAAAACAACAACGUUCUGAAAAGUAUGUCCAUAAGAGUGGAACAAAGUUAUUGAGUGUGCGUGUGUGUGGGGAAAAUGGGGAAGAGUGUGUGUGUGCGUGAGAGAGACUGCAAAUGAUGCAUGCAAAUUAGUGCAAAAACCCAGCACUCACCCCAGCCCAGCCCAGCCCAGCCCAGUCCAGCCCAAACUAUCCGAUCCCCAUCCGAUGCCAUACCCAUAACCCCAACCAUCCCGAUUCUACGAUUCCGCCUUGGGGCAAUUAGUUAGCACAAAGCUUUAGUUAUUAUGCCCAACUGUACGCUGUACGCUAUACGCGUACGUGAGCGUGUGUGCAUAGUAAAUAAUCACCAUUAGAAAUUCAAAUUCAAUUUUGGCGCCUGCAUUGCCUAAUUGGCCGCAGCAGCUAUCCCAACAGCAUCCUCAUCCUCAUCAGCAGCCGAGGCAGCAGCAGCAACAAUAACAACCACAAGAACAGGAAAAAAUUCUAGUUGUCGGAUUGCUUUACAGUAGAUAGAUACAGAUUCAUCGUUCCUAUGAUACGUAUUGUGUUCCGAAACGGUAUUUAAUAAAAAUCAUUACAAGCAUUUCUGGUGAGGAAUUGUUUUUCGACAUAUGUAUGUACGAGUAUAUAUAAAAUAUGAUCCUCGGUUAUGAAUCCUCGUCAAGAACUUAUAAUUUAUAUAAUUUUUAGGAUAGAACAAAUUGUAGUUCCUUGUAGUUCACCUCUCGCCCUCUCUCUCUCUGUCCUCCAUACACCCAUAUAAUAUAUGCUAAUUUCCAACAGCAUUAUUUAUUCAAAAAAAAAUAAAAAUAUAUAGAAGAAAGAGCUACCUGCAAAAACAGAAGACUAGACCUUAGUCCUUUUUCAUUUUGUAUACACCGAUUUGGUUUACACUUUUUAUGGCUCAUAUAAUCAAACGAUGCCUGAUUGGGGGCGGUGGAUCUAUUAGAUCCCAGUGCGAGUGCGGGACCACAACGAACAAACAAAAAACAAUGAGGGGACUACCCGAACAAUGUGUAAAAAUUUACCCAAAAGCCUUAUGCAGCUGGGCCUCUGUUAGCCGAGGGAAAUUUUAACAGCGCGCAGGCGACAAAGGUUUCGACUACAGUUUGGUGCCCGGCGUGGGCUUGGGCGUGGGCGUGGGCUUGGGCUUGGACGUGGGUGUUUUCAUUCUUUGCCUCUUCUUUUUGAAAUGGUAUUUUAUGUAGAAGCGGUCUCAUUCAAUUCAGUUAAAUAUGAUGGGAAAAUGAAGAGAGACAGAUCAAUGAAUCAUCUUCAUCGAACUUAACCUUUCAGUGUGUGUCACUAGUGAGCCGGAUGAUGAGGCCUGUGAAGUCUUUAUAGACCCCAUUUAUACGCCACUUUUCAAAGUGAAAAUUUACUAACUUUUGUGCGUUGCGACAAAAUAUAAUCUUUGUAGAGAAGAAGUUUAUAAUGCAAAGAAGGAAGCGUCAUCUCCGACCAAAUUAAAUAUGUAUUAUAGGAGCCAUCAAUUCGACCAUAUUUGAAGAUACCACUAUCACUACCACUCCACUAUCAGAUACUUUUUUCGUUAGUAGGGAAAAUUUUUGUUUUGUUUUUUAAUACAGCUAUGAUCGGAAAAACAACAAGCUGUGGCAAAAACUGUUUUCUUUCUAAAUUUAAUAUAAUGUAAUUUAAUUUUUUAAUUUGUUUGAUAUGGACAAAUUUUUUACUAUUUGAAUAUCGCUUUGAUCACAUUUCUCGCCUGUUCCUGACGGAAAGUCGCCUUCAAUUCCCCCACAAAAUGCAAAUGGCGAUGGCGAUGGCAAUGGACAAAUGCCGAAAGCGUAUGUGUGUCGCUGUGGGUGUGGGUGUCAUCUGAGGCAAGUGUCAAUCACAGUCACCGCACACCAGUUGUUCUCGUCACAUCCUUCCGCCAACUGUAUCGCCUCCCCAACCCUCAGCCCACCACCCACACACACACACACACACACACACACAUUCAACACUUUGCAAUUUUUAAUUAAAUGAAAUGCAAGCAAAGAGGAUAAACAGGAGAGAGAUAUUGAGAGAUAUAUAGAUGGAGAUGAAAGCGAGGGGAAGAAAGAUAGGGACCGCCCGCAGAUAAAAUGAAAAACCAUUAACGAAAAAUGAUAUCUGAAGAUGGAAAGGAACGAAGGCUAGAGCGAUAAGACAGGAGCUGCAGAUGAAGUGUAAAGAUGUCAGAUAAAUCCUCUUGGGAGAUAAAAAAUGCACAAAUUUCUGAAGUUUUCAAUGGUCUUUCCGCUGUUUGAUGGGUUCUGAGUUUUAUUACAUUAUUUUUAGAGCAGCCCUAUCCAUCCAUCCAUCAAUGGGCCACACACAAUGAAUUAGAGCCCAAUAAGAUAGAGAGGAUGCUGCAAAAUCAUAAUUGUUACGGGAACAAGCAAAAGUAAGAACAAAGAUGCUGCAGGGCCGUGGGCGGCAAGAGCCAGAUGAAAGAGGUAUUCAAGUAGAUGAAAAGCAGUGUAAAAGCUGGAAAAUUUGACGAGCUGAGGAAAGGAAAGCAGUAAAGCAGGAAAGCAGUGAAGAAGCAGCAGUGGACAAGCAGCGGCACAGCAGAAAAGAGCAGAGAGAGCACUGUGAGAUCAGUAAAAAAAACAGUGGAAGACCAGGGUUGGCUCAGAAGGAGAGCAGGGGUGGAGCAGUGGUAAAGCAGUUGAGGAGCAUUGAAAGAGCCAGGGGUAAGCAGUGGGUGACCAGUGGUCGAGAGGAGCAUGAGGGGUGAACGGAGUCAUAACAAUACAAACAGUGUGGCCACACACAAAAAGGACAUUAGCCCUGCUCCUCCACUUUGCCUCUGCCCCCAUUCCGCAGCCUCCCAUGGCUGCCGGCCUGCUUUGCUUUUCUUUCUCUGCUCGCUUUUGUUGUCUUUGUUGUAAUUGCCUUUGUUUCAUUCAUUUAUGUUUCGGUCGUUUUGGGGUUCGUGUCCGUCCGCCCACUCUCCGUCCUCGGUGACCGGCUGGAUGCCGAUGAGCGAUGCGUAUCGGUGGCCCAAGAGCGGAAUCGGGUUUGUUUGUUCUCACUGUUGCCGCCUAAAAGUAUUCACAGUAAAGAUCCGAUAAUGUGGAAUUCGGCCCUGGAACCGUUUCAAUCCGCCAUAGAUAUUGGAUAUAACUUUCCAACGAAAUGCAUUUGAUCAUUUUUAAGUUCAGCAUCGCUGAUCAUCGAUUUACAUACUUAUACCAACAUUCUUAACGAUUAAUGUAAUUUCCAUUCUGUUUACGCCUCCCAUUCCAAUGGUACUCACCUUUCAUUCAAUCAGUUCAAUCCAUGCAGUUCCCCGCUCUUUUAUUUGAAUUCAAUCCAGACUUCAAUCUAAAAAAAAAAAAAUCUAAUCCGAAUGCAUUAAGGGGCCGUUCACACCAUUCUCACUCCUCUGAGCCAAUACAGCGACGUUAUUGUAAACAAAAGAGCAGGAGCAGCAGGAGUGAUGGGAGUGGCAGGAACAAAAACAUGAAAAGGUUUCCCGGAAAUGUCCAUCAUUGGCCAUUUCCACUGUAACAGCAUUUUAUCUAUGAGCCAGAGUGUCGCGUGUCGGGCCCCCAAACGCAGGAGGCAAUACAAAAGCAAUCAUAAAGUUAUAGCCUCCCGAAACGGCCUUCGCCUCACAGCCGAACUCUCCUCUCCCUUUACCUCUCUGUAGACCAGUCCAGUUCGGGAGCAUCUCUGCUGUCCCGUCCCGUCCUGUCCCAGAACAUCCCGAAUAUCCCGAACAACCAAAAAGCAACUUUACACCCUUGGGCGACAUUUUCCACUACGCAACCAUCUACCGGUUGCCUUCCACUUCCGUUUUCCGUCCUAUGUCCUAUUCCUAUGCCUCCCCCAGCUCUUCCUGUUUGGAGUCAGUCCCGCUUUUCGUCUUCUCCUCGUCCCCCACAACGUUUAAUGUCGUAUGUCCUAUCUAUGUUUUCUGGCUCUGUGUUGUGUGUCCUUGUUGGCGUGUGGCCUACUCCUACCUUUUGGCUCAAUAAGAACGACAAAUUUAUUGCUUGCUAAUAGGAAAACAGCCUCCCUUUGGUCCUGUUCUGGUGUACUCCCUAUUCUGUGCCUCCUUAACCACUUCCCUCCUCUCAGAACCGCUGGGAAAACGGUCAGGACAAAGUUUGUCGACAUUUUUCCACCGUCUUUUUUUUGUUCUUUUUUUUUUUUUUUUGUGGGCCUCGAACAGAGGAAAAAUAUGUUUUCAACAUAAUUUCAUUCAUUAUAUUUGAAUUGUUAUAGUCGCUGGCGUUGGCGUUGGUGUUGUUGCUGGAUGCUCAUUUUCAUCUGGCUCAUUAUCGUGCCACACCCACUGCCCCUGCCCCAGCCCCUGCCCCUGCCCCUGCCCCUGCCGCUGCCCCUAAGGCCUCACCUUCCUUGGGCGUCUGUUUUGGCUAAUUUGAAUUUGAUUUCAUUCGGAAAGUUUUCUCGUUUUUUGGCAUUUGUUGCCAUUUCCAUUUCCAUUUCAGCUUUAUGUGUUCUGUGACAAGUGCAAAUGAUUGGAGGGUAGCCAGUAGGCCAGUCGGGAGGCCAGCCUCGCACCGAAGUUGAAACACCCUUCAGGUUAGAGGACCAAUAAAGCUAUAAAACUUUAAAUAAAGGGUAUUAGGCUGGGUGCUACAUAUAUGUUUGAAUCGGAUUCUUAACACGGACAUGGCUAUAUCGACUCAUAGGUGUAUGUAUGUAUAUGGAUACCAUGUGGUCGGUCGGAGAUGAUUCCUUUUGUAUGUUUCUCGCUUCUGCACAAAUUUGAACAUGCCCGUUCAGGCGUAUAAAAAUGAGUUGAUUAAUUGACAAUGAAUGUGAGCCGAGAGUAAAUUGAUUUUCAGCACUGCAGGCACUAAAAAAUGUGUAUGUGAUUUGUGCUUUUUUUGUCUCCAAAACGAAUGAAAAAAGAGCAGAUCGCAACAAAGAGCCGACAGAUGGACUAAUGGAAUGUCCUGUUAUAUGAAAUAUUUCAGGAAAUCCAAAAACCACCAUUUGUGAAAGUUCUCUGAAUCUACGGACGCUAAAAACUAAAUGAACCUCUAAGGUUUCAUGGGAAUAACGCAAGUAAUGCCUGGGAUAUACAUAGGUAUAGACUUUGAAUAGUUCAGGUUCAGCAUGUCAGGACUCAGUGAGGGCACCACGGGUCAUGAAUCACGGCGUAAAUAUUCCAGAAGUAAUUAUUAUGUUUGCAUGUUGUGUGUCAUACAUAUACAUAUAUCACUAGUCAUUAAAAAAUAGAAAGAGAAUAACAAGAAAUCGAAAUGUAAAUGAUGAAAAAACAUAUUUGUAUGAAAAAUUGGAACAAACGAAACAAAAAGUUAGGUUUUAAACAAAAUUGGAGUAUUUUUUACGAGAAACCAGAUAAAAAGACCCGAAAGACACACACUCUAACAGUAUGCCAAAGGGCAUCAACAUGAAAGAGCUCCAAAUUGAGAAGGGUACUUUUUCGAGACAUACAUACAUACAUAUGUAGGUACAGUUGUACAUUGGGCAUUGGGUGGUGUGCGUGUGUCAACAGUUUAUACAUAAACAGAUAGAUAUACUCGUACUAUAUACAUACAUAUAUACUAUAUUUGGGAUCGGGGGACAUUUUGGGGUUAAAAGAACUAAAACUACAAUUAUGAACACAACAAAUUGCAUAAAAGAAAGAACAUUUUUUUAUAACGUACCUUUAAUAGAGAGACGGAGAAGCGUUCAAGAUGAACAACUAACACUAAUUUUAAAACAUAUAUUUAAUAGUAAAAUUAACAUAAAACUAACAUUAACAUUAACUUUAACAUAACGAAAACCAAAACCAAAACCACAACAACAACAAAGAAACGAACAUUGAUAAGCGAUGUAAGAUACAUGGCAAAAAGGCACAUUUUUGCAGUGGAAAAAAUUGAGUAAAAUUGUUUAGAAACAGGAAAAACAAAGAAGCAAAAGCAGAAGCAAACACAGUGGAAAACAAACAAAAAACAUAACGAAUUGAAUUACAUUUUAAGAAAAUAACAAAAAUAACAAAAACCAAUUAAGAUAAAAGAUAUUUAAACAAAGCAGAAAAAAAAAACUAUAAAAUUAUACGAUUUACAAAACUAAGUAUAAAAGCAAACCAAAAACGAAAAAGGUAAGAACGGAAAGAGAAAAAUAAUUGUAAAAAUAGAAAGAACAAUUUUUUUUUUGCUCAAAGCCAGAGGCACACCCUUCACCCCUCACCCAAUCACCCCCCUAAAGAACCAUCCUCUAAUACAAACUAAAAUGAAAACAAUUAAUACGAAUAUAUUUCGCGGCACGUAAAAAAUUUGUUCAUCACAAAACAACAAAAAAAAACAAACACACACACAAAAACCCAAACCAAAAAAAAAAUCACACACACAUUUUCUAAGCAAAUUGCAAGAAUUGGAAAAAAACAAAAACAAAAAGGUGUUUAAAAUUAAAUUAAAACCAAGAGAGAAACCAACACACAACACAUAAGCAAAACCCAAAGAAACAAAAAAGAAAAAACCGCAAAAAUAAAUACAAUUAAAAGUAUAAAACACAAAUGUAGCUUCUAGUGAAAUAAUUUUUAAAAACAAAGCAAACGAAACGAAACGAUAGCAGAAGGAAGAGUGCCCCAAAGACCCAAGAAACAACGUUAACAAGAAGAAAGAAAGUUGUACAAGUUCGGCUAGCCGAAACAUGGAAUACCCUUGCAAUUGAUUGAAUAUUUUCGUACGCUCCGAGCUCACACACAGUCCUUCCCAUAUAAGACUUGUAUAGUCAAUCUAAGCAUCUAUCGUUAACUCAAUUGUACCCUUGAUAACUAUAAGGUGAUCCGAAACCAAGGCCAGCUAACCUUUUACAAGAGUAUGAUCAGAAAUACUAUUACAUAGAUCUCUUCGAUCUCUCCUCAAUUCGACUGUAUAUUGGUGGUGCACAAAACACUUCAUUGUGUAAGGUUUAGUUCGGUUUUACAAACAUAUUUAGAGACAUCCACAUCAGCUAUGUAUGGGAGAGUAAACAGAGAGACCUCUAAUCUUAAAUAAAAUGAUUAGAAGAAAUACUACUUCAUUUCGAUUCCGAUCUCUUCCUGGUUCAAAUGAAUCCAGCUUGGGUAUAAAACAGUUCAUUGUGUACAAAUUUAGUUCGACUACUCUUGCUAGUCAUGAUCCGAAUCAAGUAAUCCGAUGCAACACCUUACGUCGGGUGAGAUAUGAUAUAUUGGUUGACCGAUCUUUCUGAAAUUCCAUUGAAUCCAAGCUAGGGCACAAUACAAUUCACUGUUUGAGAGACCGUAAAGAUAUUGCACUAGAAGCUGUUCUCUUGAUAAUUACAUUACGACUAUACAGCCCGAUCCGAAGCCCGAAACCCCCAUCAGUAAUAAGAGGAAUUAGAGAGAAUCUUUAAUCAGAUGAUGAUCAGAAAUAUUUAUAUAUAGAAAGUGUAUACAAUGUGUAUAUGGUAUGUGUAUGGCCCAAAGAGGAAUACCCUCAAUUGCAAGGUUAUCAAAACGAAUACUAAAAGAAAACUAAAUAGUAAAGAGCAAAGGAAAAGCAAGAAACAAAAACUAAAAUAGAAAAUUCUUUUCAAAUAUCAAUAAAGCAAAAUGAGAAAACCCAAAUGAAACGAAAUGAAAUGAAAGAACAACGAGAAUGUGAAAUCACCAACCAAUAACAACAGCUGCAACACACAUUUCAAGUGCGCUCGUUUAGCCCCAUAUAUAGUAUAUUUCAAUU